AUGGCAGCUUUCAACCUCACCCAUUCUGACCCUUCAAUGUUCAUCAUAAUGGGCAUCUCCAGCCUGGAGGCUGCCCACAUCUGGAUUUCCAUUCCUUUCUCUACAUUCUACAUUGUCAGCCUGUUGGGAAAUUUCAUGGUUCUGUCUGUAGUAGGUAAAAAGCAGACUCUGCACAAGCCGAUGUACCUGCUGCUAUGUAUGCUGGCACUCACAGACAUCAUCACACCUACCUUCGUUGUGCCAAAGGCACUGAGCAUAUUUUGGUUCAAUUUGAAAGGCAUUACUAUGGCUGCCUGCCUCACCCAGAUGUUCUUCCUUCAAACAGUUUCUGUAGUGCACUCAGCCACCCUCGUGACAAUGGCCUUCGAUUGCUACAUUGCCAUAUGUAACUCUCUGAGAUAUGCCAUCAUCCUCAGCAAUACACAAAUAGCUAAGCUCGGGCUUGUAGGUCUGAUAAGAGCUGUUCUCUUCAUUCUGCCUCUGCCCCUGAUCCUGAGCAGGCAGCCAUUCUGUGCAAAUAGCAUUAUCCCCCACAUGCAAUGCGAGUACAUAGCUGUGGUCAAAAUGGCAUGUGGGGACAUUACAGUCAUUAGGAUAUAUAGCUUGGUGCUAAUGUUUGUAGUUAUGGGGUUUGAUCUGACUUUCAUUGCCCUAUCCUAUGGUCUGAUCAUCACUGUUGUCCUCAGAUUCUCCUCUAAGAAAGCUCACCAGAAAGCCCUCAACACUUGCACAACGCACAUCUGUAUGAUGCUGACAUAUUAUACCCCUGGCCUCUUCUCCAAUAUCACAUAUUGGUUUGGUCAAGGCAUCACUCCCCAUGUUCACAUCAUCUUGGCUGACCUUUAUCUCCUCAUCCCUCCCAUGCUCAACCCUAUCAUUUAUGGGAUCAGAAACAAAGAGCUUCGUGACAAAGUAGGCAAAUACUCCUGCUGCAGAAGGUGA